GCGCCUCCCGCCGCACGGCCCGGCGCCAUGGAGCUCUCGGAUGUGCGCUGCCUUAGCGGCAGCGAGGAACUCUACACCAUCCACCCGACGCCCCCGGCCGGCGACGGCGGGAGCGGCUCUCGGCCGCAGCGGCUGCUGUGGCAGACGGCGGUGCGGCACAUCACCGAGCAGCGCUUCAUCCACGGGCACCGGGGCAGCGGCGGCAGCGGCAGCGGAGGCUCGGGCAAAGCCUCGGACCCUGCCGGCGGCGGCCCCAACCACCACGCGUCGCAACUGUCCGGCGGCGACUCGGCGUUGCCCCUCUACUCGCUGGGCCCCAGGGAGAGAGCGCACAGCACCGGCGGCACCAAAGUCUUCCCGGAACGCAGCGGCAGCGGCAGCGGCAGCGGCGGCGGGGGCGACCUGGGCUUCCUGCACCUGGACUGCGCCCCGAGCAACUCGGAUUUCUUCCUCAGUGGGGGCUACAGCUACCGAGGGGUCAUUUUCCCCACCCUGCGCAACUCUUUCAAGUCCCGGGAUCUGGAGCGCCUCUACCAGCGCUAUUUCCUGGGUCAGAGGCGCAAAUCCGAGGUGGUGAUGAACGUGCUGGACGUGCUGACCAAACUCACCCUCUUGGUUCUCCACUUGAGCCUGGCCUCGGCCCCCAUGGACCCGCUGAAGGGCAUCCUGCUGGGCUUCUUCACCGGCAUAGAGGUGGUGAUCUGCGCCCUGGUGGUGGUCCGGAAGGACACCACCUCGCACACGUACCUGCAGUACAGCGGCCUGGUCACCUGGGUGGCCAUGACCACCCAGAUCUUAGCGGCCGGUCUUGGCUAUGGGCUCCUGGGAGACGGCAUCGGCUACGUGCUCUUCACCCUCUUCGCCACCUACAGCAUGCUGCCGCUGCCGCUCACCUGGGCCAUCCUGGCUGGCCUGGGCACCUCGCUGCUGCAGGUGGUCCUCCAAGUGCUCAUCCCCAGGCUGGCGGUCAUUUCCAUCAACCAGGUUGCAGCCCAGGCAGUGUUAUUCAUGUGUAUGAACACAGCUGGAAUCUUCAUCAGUUACCUGUCCGACCGGGCCCAGCGCCAAGCCUUCCUGGAGACGCGGAGGUGUGUGGAGGCCAGGCUGCGCCUGGAGACGGAAAACCAAAGACAGGAGCGGCUGGUGCUGUCCGUGCUCCCCCGGUUUGUGGUCCUGGAGAUGAUCAACGACAUGACCAACGUGGAAGACGAGCACCUGCAGCAUCAGUUCCAUCGGAUCUACAUCCAUCGCUACGAGAACGUCAGUAUUCUUUUUGCAGAUGUUAAAGGAUUUACCAACCUCUCCACCACCUUGUCUGCUCAGGAGCUGGUCAGGAUGCUCAACGAGCUCUUUGCCAGAUUUGAUCGACUGGCCCAUGAGCACCACUGCCUUCGCAUUAAAAUCCUGGGCGACUGCUACUACUGCGUUUCAGGACUUCCUGAGCCCCGCCAGGACCACGCCCACUGCUGUGUUGAGAUGGGCCUCAGCAUGAUCAAAACCAUCAGGUAUGUGCGGUCAAGGACGAAGCAUGAUGUUGACAUGAGAAUUGGAAUCCACUCAGGCUCAGUGCUGUGUGGCGUCUUGGGGCUGCGGAAGUGGCAGUUUGAUGUCUGGUCUUGGGAUGUGGACAUUGCAAACAAGCUUGAAUCUGGAGGAAUCCCCGGGAGGAUUCACAUCUCCAAGGCGACGCUGGACUGCCUCAACGGCGACUAUAGUGUGGAAGAGGGUCAUGGUAAAGAGAGGAACGAAUUUUUGAGGAAGCAUAACAUAGAGACCUAUUUAAUUAAGCAGCCGGAGGAGAGUCUGCUGUCUUUGCCCGAAGACAUCGUCAAGGAGUCUGUGAGCUCCUCAGACAGGAGAAACAGUGGGGCGACAUUCACAGAAGGAUCCUGGAGCCCCGAGCUGCCUUUCGAUAACAUAGUGGGGAAACAGAACACUCUGGCUGCCCUAACAAGAAAUUCAAUAAAUCUACUUCCAAACCAUCUUGCACAAGCUUUGCAUGUCCAGUCUGGGCCUGAGGAAAUUAACAAGAGAAUAGAACAUACCAUCGACUUGCGGAGUGGCGAUAAAUUGAGAAGAGAGCAUAUCAAGCCAUUCUCACUGAUGUUUAAAGACUCCAGCCUGGAGCACAAGUAUUCUCAAAUGAGGGAUGAAGUAUUCAAAUCAAACUUGGUCUGUGCAUUUAUCGUCCUCCUGUUUAUCACGGCAAUACAAAGUUUGCUUCCUUCCUCAAGGGUGAUGCCCAUGGUCGUCCAGUUUUCCAUCCUGAUUAUGCUGCACUCGGCUCUGGUCCUCAUCACCACGGCGGAGGAUUACAAGUGUUUGCCCCUGGUCCUCCGGAAAACCUGCUGUUGGAUUAACGAGACCUAUUUGGCCAGGAACGUCAUCAUCUUUGCAUCCAUCCUGAUUAACUUCCUGGGCGCCAUCCUAAAUAUCCUGUGGUGUGAUUUUGACAAGUCGAUACCCUUGAAGAACCUGACUUUCAAUUCCUCAGCUGUGUUUACAGAUAUCUGCUCCUACCCAGAGUACUUCGUCUUCACGGGGGUGUUGGCCAUGGUGACCUGUGCAGUCUUCCUCCGACUGAACUCCGUCCUGAAGCUGGCUGUGCUGCUGAUCAUGAUUGCUAUCUAUGCCUUGCUGACCGAGACCAUCUAUGCGGGGCUCUUUCUGCGCUAUGACAACCUGAACCACAGUGGAGAAGAUUUCCUGGGGACCAAGGAGGCAUCGCUGCUGCUGAUGGCCAUGUUCCUGCUCGCUGUGUUCUACCAUGGACAGCAGCUGGAGUACACGGCCCGCCUGGACUUCCUGUGGAGGGUGCAGGCCAAGGAGGAGAUCAACGAGAUGCAGGAGCUGAGGGAGCACAACGAGAACAUGCUCCGAAACAUCCUCCCCAGCCACGUGGCCCGCCACUUCCUGGAGAAGGACCGGGACAACGAGGAGCUGUAUUCUCAAUCCUAUGAUGCCGUUGGGGUGAUGUUUGCCUCCAUCCCAGGGUUUGCAGACUUUUACUCCCAGACUGAAAUGAAUAACCAAGGAGUGGAAUGCCUGCGCCUGCUCAAUGAGAUCAUCGCCGACUUCGAUGAGCUGCUCGGGGAAGACCGGUUUCAAGACAUUGAGAAGAUCAAGACCAUUGGCAGCACCUACAUGGCCGUGUCGGGCCUGUCACCGGAGAAGCAGCAAUGUGAGGAUAAGUGGGAGCACCUGUGCGCCCUGGCCGACUUCUCCCUCGCCCUGACCGAGAGCAUACAGGAGAUCAACAAGCAUUCCUUCAACAAUUUUGAGCUCCGGAUCGGCAUCAGCCACGGCUCGGUGGUAGCUGGCGUCAUUGGCGCUAAGAAACCACAGUACGACAUCUGGGGCAAAACCGUGAACCUGGCAAGUCGAAUGGACAGCACGGGGGUCAGCGGCAGGAUCCAGGUCCCGGAGGAGACCUAUCUCAUCCUGAAGGACCAGGGCUUCGCCUUUGACUACCGAGGGGAGAUCUACGUGAAGGGUAUCAGUGAGCAGGAAGGCAAAAUCAAAACGUACUUUCUCCUGGGCAGAGUCCAACCCAACCCUUUCAUCCUGCCCCCGAGGAGACUGCCCGGGCAGUACUCCUUGGCCGCCGUGGUCCUGGGCCUCGUCCAGUCCCUCAACAGGCAAAGGCAGAAGCAGUUACUGAACGAGAACAGCAACCCGGGCAUCAUCAAGGGCCAUUACAACCGGCGGACUUUGCUGACACCCAGCGGGCCGGAGCCGGGAGCCCAGGCCGAAGGCCCCGACAAGUCCGAGUUGCCAUAAGAGCAUUUUCUUUGUGUUUCUUUUUUUGUAUUUCUUUUAUAUAUAAAAUAAAUAUGCUAAUAAAAAGGUUUAAUUUUUUUUAGAACAA